AUGAGUGACGACGUUAUCACUGACGAUUUCGACGUCGAGGUAUUUCUCAACCUCUUGCACUGGUCUUGGGAGGAUGCUUAUAAUGGUACGCGUGAGAUUGAGCGCCCUGUGUCUCCCUUUUCGCGGCCGGUGCAUACCACCUCAGAGCCAGAUACUCCCCAAACAGAGCCUGGGAUGUCUCAACCUGAGAGGGAAAGUUCUGAGGAAGAAAGGCUGAGCAUCGACUCUCAGGUCUCUUCCUCAUCCGAAGACCUUGGGCCGCUCGAUAGGGAUGAGAGUUUUGCGACAAGACGUCCCGGCACUCCACCUCCAUCUCCGACUUCAUGCUCUUCUUCCAGCGAGCAAUCAUCACCGAGCACAAUUAGUCAUGAUAUUUCUCCGAGAGCGCAGCCCUUGAGCCUCAAGAGGUCCGCCAGCAGCGAAACCGAUGCCCCAGUCCCCAAGAGGAUUCGCCGCCAAAUUAGGAAUGGCCUGAUGUCUGUGACCGACGCACAGCUUAAUUCCACAGCUGAGCCACCAAAGGACCGGAAAGGCAGUUGUGACCAGGGUCUGGCACCAUUCCGCCAUGAUCAUGACUCGCAUAAUAGCUCUAUUGCAGAUCGCCUUGGUGAAGAGUCUGACGGCUCUUGUUCCGAUGACAGUAGCGAGAGAGGUGAAAAUCCUCCUGCACCGGAACCGAAUGUUCCCUGGAAGAAAUAUCGCUGA